AGGCAAUUCUCCGAGCAAUGGGGAAGCACAUGCAACACAGGAGCACUGGCAUCUCAAUCCCGCAAGGUUAUCCGGGAUGCAUGUGGGGUAUUCUUCAUGUACUUAAGUACCAACAUUGGCAUUGGCGUUUUAUUAAGAAAAGACUUCCACAUAAGAAGCGUGAUGCUGGGGCUGAAAAUCCAGAGGAUGGAGUACAAGCCUCAAAUACUGAUGAUCCGUCAAAAUACAUGAAAGCUGAAGUGGCUAAAUCUAAGGUUGAAGGAAAGAAGAAGCAGUCCAGUCCAGCAACUAAAAAUUCAGUGAGAUCUCGGCUGAAGGCACUUAUUACUGAAGAUAUGUCUAGAAGGAAGGGACGAGGCCGGCAUCACCGAAGUUCAACCUACCCUGCACCCUUACAGUUGAAACGAACUGGUUCAACUCAUCAUGCAGAAGCUCAUAUCGAUGAUAUUCUUCCUGAAAUAGCUCUAAAUGAUGGAAGUCCUGGAGUGGCUAACAAGAACAACGAGAUCUCCUCCGAUAGCCGUUCUGAGGAUCAAGUUUCACCAAAGUCCUCGGAGGAACCAAUUACCAGUGAUGAAAGUGAUGAAGAGUUCGGUAUCAUGCUUAGUGGGGAAGACUCAAGCCUUGAUCAAGUUGAUGAAAUUGAGAAUGCCAAUUUCUUUCAGGAAGAUCUAAAUGACAAAAAGCAAGCAUUAUUGAAACAGAAGUCGAUCGCUUCAAAAGAACUUACUCUAGAUGCUGCUGCAUAUAAGUCAAAGUAUUUAAUAGAUGCUCUGGAUAUAAUCAACAUGAACAAAGGGUUUUUACUGACAAUUCUACAGGAUCCAGGCUCUCCUUUGACUCACCAUUUCCGUAAGCAACAAGCUAUCAGUGCUAAAAUGGGAAUAACCAGGUCUGAGACUUUCCCUUCACCUGGUUCAUCGAGCAGAAAAGGUUCUGGUUGCUCAUCGAGCAGGAAAGGUUCCGGAGGAAGUAGACAAAAACAUAAGCAGGAAGCAACUGAGUUUCAUGCUAAAGAAGAGGAGUCUGAUGUUUGUUUUCAUGGACAAAAGUCAUCCGAUCAUGAGUCUACCGAAGAUAUCUGUAGAAAGUCAAUUCCAUUGAUAGCUGCAGACCACAGGGCAGAUGGAAUUCACAAACUAAACCAAGCAAAGGCUGAAAUGGCUAAUAUCUCUUCUUCAGGUUCAUCCCACUAUUUGAAGCAAUCCAGUGGAAAUCAAGUGGCAAAAAGGAGAUUCAAACAUCUUAAACAGAACAUAAAACAAGCAAUUAAGGAGAGCAAGAAAGAGAGGUAUCGGAUUGCUAUGGAUGCAGUCCUUCACAAAAUUCCUCACAGGAAAGGGUUUUCCAAGGACUUGACAAAGGACAUUGUUGAUUAUUUUAAGGACCUUUCAAGGAUUAGGAAUAUUUUUUCUGAAUUAUCUACCGGCAAGAGAAGAAUCCAGCACGAGAGAAGAGCAUCAUCUUUUAAUGAGUCUAUGGAUAGAUAUACACAGUUGUAUGAAUCUAGUUUCAACAGAGAAGCCAAAGAACAUAUCUCCAAAAGGAUGCAAGAAAUAGGAGAAGAAGAGAUAGUUUUGCCUCGUAGGAGUGCAAAAAAAUCCCUGGGAAGGAUUCUUUCCUCUCCUGAACUGCAUUCUUAUUUUUAUCAAAGUGAGGACUCUUCUGAUGCAUUUUCUUCAGAUAUGCAAACUGUUGUUGCAGAUAGCACUUUGAGCAUAAGCAGCUUAACUGAACAAAAAAUUCUAGAUGUUUCAGAGGCUUUGUAUUAUCGCUCACAAGACACACUAGGAAAAAGUGAGUCUGAAGAGAAUAAGAUAGACAUCAGGGAAAAACUUCCAUUUUCUUCAGAUCUGUUAGCAACAAACUCAUCUACAAAUAGUAAGACAAUAGCUCAAGUGGAACAAACUAGUGAUGAGUCGGGAAACUUGAUGAUAGGGAAAGAUGUUUCUCAGAGUGAACAAGACAGUAAGCAUGGAAUUGUACCUAUCACAAAGCAGGAAGAACCAAGUUCUAUCCCUUUGCUCAACAUCACUUUUGAAGAGCAAAAAGCCAGUCCUGCAGAAAUUUCCAAAUCACAAGAAGCAGAUUUGGAGCUAAAGCAAAGUCAGGGCCUUCCCAACGUAAUGAGGUUUUUGGAUGAUGGGCAACAUGAAAUGAGGGAUACCCCUAAGGUGGCUGAGGGCAUAGUUGAAUUAGAGAAAGUAGAGGCCUUAAAGAAGGAUUUAGACAAUGAACUUUUAAAUGACCGAGUAGACGCAAAUGACAAGGAUAAAUUUACAUAUGUGAGGGAUGUACUCGAACUAUCUGGAUUUAGUGGGAAUGAAACGCUUGGCACGUGGCAUGCGGAUGACCAGCCAUUGGAUCCUUUGGUGUCUGAGGUAGUCAGAGACUGCAUUUUCUGUGAUCCCCAUUGUUCCAGGGAUGAAGAAGUUGGUUACUGUAAUCACCCACUUUUGUUUGAUCUAAUCAAUGAGGUAUUGAUGGAGCUUUACGAAAGAUCAUACAGUUAUUGUCCCAGAGUUUUAUCUUCAUUAUGCCACAUCAGUCCGAUGCCAGUAGGACACCGAGUUCUUAAGGAAGUAUGGGCAAACAUAAGCUGGUACUUGAGCUAUGAAUCUGGAUUUGAUAAGCCAUUGGAUUAUGUUGCCAGUAGAGAUCUAACAAGAAGUGAUGGGUGGAUGAACCUACAGUUUGAAAAUGAGUGCCUAGGACUUGAGCUUGAAGAGUUAAUUUUUGACGAUCUCUUGGAGGAACUUAUCUUAGACUUGAUGGCCUAUGCUUGAUCAGGUUCAUUCUUAUUAGAAUCAUCUUCACUAGCAUUAAAAAAUUUUGUAACUUGAUUGAUUUUGUAAUUAAUACUUGUUUUACCCAAACUCCGAAAGAGAUUAUGCAAAAUAUAAGGAAAUAGUUACUGGUCGUUUCAUUCAUACACCUUGUAAAAUCAGUGAC